GAACAGACGUUUGGGAUUUUAGUUCCUCUUCGGACCCAGUAUUGGGGCACAAGACGUUGGCAUGGUGUCCUUCAAUAUGAGAUCAAAAGAAUAAUCGUUGUGAGUUUUUUAUUCGAGUGUCGAAAUAAUCUUCACGAUGCUAAUCAGGACUGUAUGCCAGUGCCUUCAAAUGCGCUUCAGGUCAACAGCAGCAGCAACGCAUGUUGACGCUCUCAGCCAGCGCAAUGCAGUCUUCUCCAGAGAGCAGGCCAGGCAGCGGGCCCUCUACCCCCGUGUGGAGAAGAUCGAAGUGUCCAUGCAGGGCCCGGGGCUGGAUGGUACUCUGCUCAUCAUGAACAGAGGCAUGUCAACGCCCCAUAACUGUGCCAAGCAUCUGACAGAGCAUAACGUGACCAACUCUGCUUUGGCGCUCGUGGAUGGAGAACCGUGGCCUCUCCACCAGCCGCUCACCCGAUCCUGCACGCUCAAGUUGCUUACAUUCAAAGACUGUGAUCCCACAUUGAUCAACCAGGCUUAUUGGCGUUCCUGUGCUGCCCUCCUCGGUCAGGUACUGGAGACGGCUUUCAAGGACCAUUUGUCAGUGGAGUUGCUCAGCACACCAGAAGUGCCAGUUACUUCAGGGGCUUUUCUUUGUGACUUCAUCCUGGACGCUCAACUGGACUCUUGGUCUCCUUCUGAGGAGUCAUUGCGCUCUCUGACGAGAGGAGCCCAGCAGCUCAUCCUCCAGGACAUACCCUGGGAGCCUCUGGAAGUAGCCCCCUCUGUGGCAAUCGAAGUCUUCAAACACAGUAGAUGUCAACAGGAAGCGGUGGAGCAGAAGGCAGCACAGAAUCCAAACCAGACAGUGAUGCUAUACAGAUGUGGGGAGCAUGUUCUUUUGAGCGGGGGCCCCCUGGUGGCCAGAACUGGCCUGUGCUUCCAGUACGAGGUGACUGCGCUCCACAGCCUGGGCCAAGGGUGUUGGGGCCUCCACCGCCGCGCACAGGGCGUCUCGCUGCCUCUGCAGCUCCAGGCCCACCACACAGUCUGGAGGAAAUUGAGGCAGCGGGCAGAGAAACUGGUGGAGGUCCCGCUGCCUGAGCAAGUGACUCCACUCAUUGGCGCUCCUGCACCAAAUUCAACCAGCUAGUAACACCAGAAUUCUACACACUUGAUGCGUUGUUUGAAGAAUAAAACUGCCAAAAUAAAUGGAUGGAUCAA